AUGUGCCACGGCUAUAGUAGUGGGCUGGCAUUGCUCACUCUCGGCACCAUCGCAAAAGCUCAAGGCACUUCCGUCAACUUCAACUUGGUAAACCCGCUGAUAGGGUCGUACAAUGGCGGCAAUGUCUUCGCUGGAGCUUCCCUACCUUUUGGCAUGGCUAAGGCAGUAGCCGAUGUAUCUGGUGCCAAUACUGCAGGCUUCUCAUACGAUUUCUCGAACGUGACUGGAUUCUCUGCUCUCCAUGACUCGGGAACUGGCGGGAAGCCGUCCAUGGGCAACUUCCCGCUGUCGGCACAGCCAUCAUACUUCAAGGGCGGCGACAUUCGCGAUACAGGCAUAUGGGUGAAUGAGCGUGCAGGCACAGAGCCAAAGGAGCUGUUUGUCAACCGAGGCUACAGUUUGUUUUACAUUCAGGCAGGCGCUUUUGUCAGGUUUCGGAAGCCCACGAAUGGAGUAAUCCAAGCUCGGAUGGGAGUCAGCUUCCUGAGUACCGACCAGGCAUGCCAAAAUGCAGAGCAGGAAAUACCGGAUUUUGACUUUGCUGCGGUUCGAUCAGCUGCGGAGGAGGCUUGGGAGAGGCGUCUCAAAGGCGUCUCGAUCAAAGCUGGCGGUGCCUCAUCAGACUUGCAGAAGACGUUCUUCUCUGGAUUCUAUCGCACUCUGCUGUCUCCGCAGAACUACACGGGCGAGAAUCCGCUGUGGAGUGACAAUGAGCCAUACUUUGACAGCUUCUAUUGCAUCUGGGACUCCUUUCGAACAACCUUUCCAUACCUCGUGGUCACCCAGCCAGAUGCGGUCUCGCACAUGAUUCGCAGUCUGAUCUCAACGUACACUCAUCUCGGCUGGCUACCAGACUGUCGAAUGCAGCUUUGCAAAGGCUACUCUCAAGGCGGAAGCAACGCUGAUGUGGUCAUUGGGGAUGCAUACGUCAAGAAGCUUACUGGCAUUGAUUGGGAUAUGGCAUAUAAAGCAGUGGUGAAUGACGCUGAGAACGAGCCAUUCGAUUGGGGCGUGAACGGUCGCGGUGGUCUGCAGAGCUGGAAGCGAUAUGGAUACAUUCCAUUCAACGACUUCGACCACUGGGGCUUCGGACCUGAUUUCCACACGAUUUCCAGAACGCUCGAAUACGCUUACAACGACUUCGCUGUUGCUCAGAUGUCCAAAGGCUUGAAUCACGACAGCGAUUAUGAGAAGUACAUGCAACGCAGUGCUAAUUGGCUGAAUCUUUACAAGGCCAAUCAAACUUCAUUCUGGAUGAACGGCACAGACACAGGGUUUACGGGAUUCUUUCAACCUCGCUUUGCCAACGGCACAUGGCGCUAUCAAGACCCUAUCGAAUGCAGUCCACUCGAUUCGUUCUGCAGCUACAGCUCCAACCCGAAGGAGACAUUCGAGUCGGCAAUCUGGGAGUACAUGUUCUACGUUCCUCAAGACCAGGCCACGCUCAUCAAAACGUUGGGUGGAGCAUCGGAGUUCAUUCGAAGGCUGGACUACCUUCAUGAAUCCGGACUUCUGGAUAUCGGGAACGAGCCGAGCGAGCUGACGUGUUUCCAGUAUCACUAUGCUGGGCGACCGGGUCUCAGCGGCAGAAGACUGCAUACAUACAUCCCCAGUUCUUUCAAUGCAGGCGUCGAUGGCUUGCCGGGAAACGAUGAUUCCGGGGCGAGUGGCAGCUUCCUAGCUUUUGCAAUGUCUGGCAUCUUCCCCGUGGCAGGUCAGAAUGUGUAUCUGAUCGUGCCGCCAUACUUUGAGAGUGUGAGCUACACUCAUCCGCAGACUGGCAAAGUGGCAACGAUCGUCAACCACAACUUCGACCCCACAUACCAGGCCAUGUACGUGCAGAAUGCCACGCUUGAUGGACGAGCAUACAGCAAGAGCUGGAUCGGACACGAGUUUUUCCUCGACGGUGGGACGUUGGAGUUGACUUUGGGCCAAGCGGAGAGUGAUUGGGGGACGCACGAGAAAGAUUCGCUCGUGUGGUAG